AUGCGCCGUGUGGAACUGUAUAAAACAAUGCGGGAAGAGGGAGACAACCACUUCGAGAUGCUUCCGUGGCCAUCUUCUCUUCUUCUCGCUCUUUUUUGUGUUCUGGCUGCCGGAUCUGCCAUUAGGAAAGAUUAUUUGUAUGCCGAUGAAGUCGAGUCGAACAUCGGAAGAGAAGGAAUUGUCGAAGGAGACAUCAUGAUGACGGAGGAGCAACAAAUGGGCGCCGAUAAUACCGGAAAGAGAGGCAAGCGGCAGAUCACCAAGGUCUGGAGCAAAUGGCCCAACAACCUCGUCUACUAUUACUUUGAUAGUGACGUCAGUGAGUGGAACUCUUACAAAUAGUAUUGAUCGCAAAGAUUCAUGUAAAUUUCAGCCGAUCUCAAGCAGACGCUCAUCAGAAGUGCGAUGGAGUUUAUCUCUUCGCUGACUUGCGUCAGUUUCACCGAGAGCAGCACCGCCACGAACCGAAUCAAGUUCGUGAACACUGGAGGAUGUGCCUCGUACAUCGGAAUGAAUGGAGGCGAACAGACUCUGUGGUUUGGAGACGGUUGCGAGAUUGUGAGUGAACUUUCUGAGUCUUUCUGAGCCUCAGUUUUCAGUUCGGAACUGCGGUACACGAAAUCAUGCACACAUUGGGCAUCUUCCACACGCAUUCCAGGUACGAUCGCAACGACUAUCUUCUUGUCAACCUCACCGGCGUUCCCGAUAAUAUGCUCGGCAAUCUCGCGAUGGAAACGACGUCAUCGACGUACAAUGCGGUGCCGUUCGAGUACGGUAGCACGAUGCAGUACCGGUACAACACGUGGGGAGACGGGACACUGUUCCCGAAGCAAUCCAUCUACCAGAAGACGAUGGGCAUCCGGAAGGUGUCUUUCUACGACAUCACCAACAUCAACACUCGUUACGCGUGCUCCUGCUCCGCCAAUCUGACAUGCAAAAACGGAGGGUACACGAAUCCAGCGAACUGCUCCGAAUGCAUCUGUCCGUCCGGAUACGGGGGCGUUCUGUGCGAUGGAAUUGUGAGUCAACUUGUCCCGAUUCUUCAAAUAACUCUUUAUCAGCCAGAGAAUUCUGUGAAACUGGUAGCUAACACUGCCUGGAAGGGAUACUACGUCACCUACGGAUACAAGAGUCUCGCCCUCACCACCAACUACUACAUCGCCAAUCUCGUCGUCACGGCGCCCGUCGACAAGACCAUUCAGAUACGGAUUGUAGAGAUGACAAACUUUACGUGCGCCUACGGAUGCAACUACAACGGCGUAGAGGUCAAGUACAUGGGAGACCCACGAAUCAUGAACCCGGUGUAAGAAACUGUGCACUGAGUUGGAGAUUGAAAUACUGGGAUUGAUUCCAGAUUCUGCUGUAGCGACGACGACAAUAUCAUCAACACUGUUUACACGGCAAAAGUGAACCCCCUUCCGAUUGUUCUCCAUCAGAGAUACGGCUCCAGCAAAGUGGCAAUCAACUACAGAUAUCUGGAUCGGUCACUGAGCAGCAACUCAAAGACGACGAACGGAUACGAUUCGUAUCAGUAUUAUCAGUGAUUGUGUCUUGUUGUCCCGCCCCAAUAAAAAGUGAAUUGUACUGUAGUUUAGAAGUGAAUAAUGAUAAACAGACAAGUGGAAAUGAUAAUGAUUAGCAGAAAGCUAAAGGGAUAAUUUGAAGCAGAUAUUGAAAAGCAACUAUGAUUUCGUUUUUCGUUCUAGUUUCCCUAUUUCUUCCUGUAUAUCAAAACGCCGAAAACGGCGGAACUGAAAAGAAUCCAGCUAAUGGCACGGGCUUUUUCCAAGGAGAUAUUGUUCAGACUCCGUAAGUUGAAAUCUUCGGCAUCAUAAUUCUUAGAGACUUUUCAGAGAUCAGUACAGAGAAAUUUUUGAGAAAGAGCCACCGACAAACCGUUAGAAACAUCAGGUGGUGGUCGGGAGAAAAUGGUUCGAAGGCAUUGUCUAUUACGAAUUUGAAGUUGGAAUUCGUUGGUAAGUGCCAGCGUUUCACUGGAAUAUUUUUUUUUCAGCUGUUUAUUACAAGAACUUGUACAUCAAGGCGAUGGAGUACAUCAGUUCGAGGACUUGCAUAACUUUCGUGGAAAGUCGUGAAUCGCCUCGGUUGUUACUGGCCUUGUGGGUUGAAUAUUGAAUCCGUCGGAACUAAACGGAUGAUCUGUUCAGAAGAUAUUUCUGUUACUCGAAUGUCGGCCGAGUUGUAGGAGUUCAGACGGUCGGAGUUGAUCCGAACUGCAAUCUGAUGGGAAAUGCUCUUCACGAACUCUGCCACGCGCUCGGAGUUGUGCAUACCAUGAGCAGGUUCGAUCGAGCCGAUUACCUGAUAGUUGACACCGCGAAACUUGGUGUAAGGAUAAAAUAUUAGAAAGUAUUGAAGUAAAAAACGUUUUAAGGAAUCUGACGCAACAAACUACCAAAAGUACACCGAGUCGAACUCGUAUAACGUCGUGCCGUUCGAGUACGGAAGGAAGUUCCAUGAUGUACAGUGCAGAUGAGAUCAGUCAGCCGAAAGACGGACGGUUCAUAACGAACAUGGGCGUGCGAAUCAUCACUUUCUAUGACAUGGCAGCAGUGUGCAGGCACUACAGUUGCAAGUGUGAAGUGGAGUUGGAAUCUGAGAACGGAGGAUACACGAACUCAUCGAAAUGCUCCGAAUGCGUUUGUCCGACUGGUUACGGAGUUAAACUAUGCGAUGGAGUGGCCAGCACUUUCUCGAAGAAACUGAUGGCCGAGUCGGAAUGGAAAGAGCACUCCAUGCGCUUCAGUUACCUCGGACUAAACGAGGAAAAGCUCACAAGAGCGACUCUUUACAUAGAGGUUUCUUUCAUUCAAUCAGCUGUGAUCCUCUAUCAUCUGUUCAGGCCCCAACAAACAAAACAAUACAAGUUCAAGCGACUGACAUGAACCGAUUUGUUUGCGCUCAAUAUUGCUAUUACAGUGGUUAUGAGAUUAAAUACAUGGGCGAUCCGAGAAUGAUGAAUCCUUUGUAAACACUUUUAUCACAAAUAGUUCCGACUUUCCUUUGUUUUUUCAGAUUCUGUUGUACAGACCAAAAGGGCUGGAAUGAUACUUACACUUCGAAGCUGAACCCGACUAUCGUUAAUAUUUUCUCCCGUUACAGAAUUUUGUAUUUGACAAUACGGUAUCGAUAUAUCAAUCAAUCGACUGCUGAUUUGCCUCUCACCAACAAUACCUAUGACACAUUUGAAUAUCCUAUUUGA